CAAUUUUCAACUCUCCAUUUAUAAAACACUUUCAUUGAUCCUUCACAUUUUAAUUCUAUUUUUUUAAAGUUUAUUGCCAUUUUUAAUAAUAUUUAUUUUUAAAAAAAUAUUGACAUAUUACUUGUAAAAUCAUCAUCCUUCCUCCUCUGUAGGAAACACCCAUCAUUGCCCCCAACAAUCCUUUUCAUCCUUAAGAGACCUGAGCUUCUUCUUGUUCUUCCUCUUGUUUCAUUCCCUUCCAACCUAUGCAUACGCACAUACACAUAUACAGACAUGCAUACAUAUACAUAUUCGUAUACCUCCUAUCCCUCUAUAUAUCCUUUUUUUCCUCCCCAUUUUUCUCACCUCUCUCUUUUCAUUGAUCAUCAUCAACCCACAUCACAAAAUCGGAUCUUUUAGGGUUUUUUCCCCCUUGUUUUCGUCCCCUGAUGGAACCAUCUUCUGCAAACUCAGUGAACGGAUUCUACUCCUUCCUCAACAGAUCAAUGGAGGAUCUCGAGAGGGCUCACCAAUCCAACAACUUCAUGUCCGUGCAGUUCCUGCAGCGAGUGCUCUGCCUUCUCCGGACAUCGCACUCUCAUCUCACCCUCCUCGUCCAGAAACUCCAGUUGCCGGUCGGAGACAAGUGGCUCGACGAGUACAUGGACGAGACCUCUAAGCUCUGGGACGCCUGCCACGUCAUCAAAUCCGCCGUCUCCGCCAUGGAAAACUUCUGCUCCGCCGGAAUCUCCAUCGCCUCCUCCCUCGAUGGCCAACGCCGCCUUUCCCCUCAGCUUUCCCGCCAGGUGAUUCGGGCGAUAUCUGGUUGGAGAAGAGAAGCGUUAGGGUUGGAGGAAGAGAACAGAGCGUUAAUGGAGAAUCGGGUUCAAACACUGCCGUUCUGGUCCGAUCAGACAUCGGCGGCGGCGACGAUGGAGUCAUCGAAGGUGCAGAACGGCUUCAGCGGAUUCCGAGGGGUACUAUACGCGACGAGGGACAUGAACUCGCUUCUCCUAACGAUCCUGAUGCACGGCCUCGUGUACUGUAUACCCGGCGACGCAACUCCGCCGCAGUCUCCGGGAGGAGGAGGCGGCGGAGUUGGUUUGGCGGCGGCGAUGGGGCGGCUGCAGGAGAGGGUGGCGGGGGAGGAGGUGGGGGUGAGGAAGGGGAUACUGUUGAACGAGUACAGGCGGAGCAAGGCGGCGAUGGAGGAGCUGAAGGCGGAGGUGGAGAGGCGGAGCGGCGGAGGAGGAGGAGAGGAGACGGAGAGGUGGCUGAGAGAGAAGGUGGAGAACGUGAAAGGGUGUAUUGGGAGUUUGAGGAAUGGAACAGAGAGUAUUGUGUCUCAGAUUGAUGAUUUCUUCGAUGAAAUUGUUGAAGGAAGGAAGAAACUUUUGGAUUUCUGCAGUCACAGGUAAUUUAACCAAAUUCCCAA